CUGUGUGCAUCUCUAAACGAGUGUUUGUUUACUCAUCACUUUCCAUCUACUCGUUCAGAGCUUCAACUGCAACAACUGCAACUGCAAUUUCCUCAGAAUUUCUCCAAUGGUGAAAGCAAUAUCUCUAACUCACCACCUAUCCUUCCUCCUACCUCACACAGCUUCUUCUAGAUUCUUCCGCCCACUUCGAUUCCUCUCCACAACUCCAACCCCAUACCCUCUCCAAUACGAACUUAUCAUAAACCGCCCCGACCUCCCCAAACCCAACCACCACCGUCGAACCGCCAAACCCCCAAACUCACCCGAACCAAACCAGCCCGACUCGCUCCAUGACUGGGCCGACGAUAAACUAACCACCGAACCCGGUUCGUCUGAACUCGAUAAAGCCAAGAGGAAGUACUACAAUAAACGGAGGAAGAGAAUGUAUGGGUCCGAUUCCGAUGAGGAGAAUCGGAGAAAUGAAGAGCAGUUUGUGGAAAUGAAACCGGAAGUGGUGGAACUGAGAACUUUGCAUAGGAGAGAAGAGGAAUUGCAUUUUUAUGAUGCUUUUGCUUAUCCUUGGGAGAAGGAUAAGCAUUACAAAAUGGUUUAUCAAUUGGAGAAGAAGUUUUUUCCUGAUCAGUGUUUGGAUAAAGCUUUUCUUCAACCAGGUCAAUCCAAUUCAAAUUCAAUUUCAGUUUCAAAUUCGAAUGCGAAUGCGAAUGCUAGGGUUAGAAAGAAGAAAGUUGGUGUUUUUGGUGGGGAGAAUGAAGGUGAAAAGGUUGGUGAUGGUGAUAACAAGUUGGUGUUUUUUGAGGAGAAUGUGAAAGGAGAAGAAGAAAGAGAAAAGGGCAAGAAGAUUGAGAAUAGAGAUCAUAGUGAGAAGAAGGUUGAGGAGUUUUUUAAGGGUUUGAAGAAAGAUGUUGAAGUUGUGGAGCCGUUUUUUUCUUCAAGGAGGACUGGUCUUCCUCCUGUUUGGGAUUCUCAGCAUGGGACAGUGCUUCUGAUUAACAAACCUAAAGGUUGGACUUCAUUCACAGUUUGUGGGAAGCUGCGUCGCCUUGUUAAAGUGAAAAAGGUUGGCCAUGCUGGAACUCUUGAUCCAAUGGCAACUGGUUUAUUGAUUGUUUGUGUUGGCAAAUCAACAAAACUGGUGGAUAGAUAUCAAGGGAUGGUUAAGGGUUAUAGUGGGGUUUUCCGCUUAGGGGAGGCUACUUCAACGUGGGAUGCUGAUUCACCAGUUAUUCAGCGUGAGCCAUGGGAGCACAUCAAAGAUGAGGACAUAAAGAAAAGUGCAUUGUCCUUUUGUGGGGAGAUUUGGCAAGUUCCUCCUAUGUUCUCUGCUAUUAAAGUUGGAGGUGAAAAGAUGUAUGAGAAAGCAAGAAGAGGAGAAAGCAUUGAACUUUCGCCUAGACGAAUUUCAAUUUUCCAAUUUGACGUUGAGCGGAGCUUGGACGACAGACAAAAUUUGAUUUUUAGAGUGACUUGUUCUAAAGGGACAUAUAUUCGGUCACUCUGUGCAGAUUUUGGGAAGGCUCUUGGCAGUUGUGCCCAUUUAACGGCUCUCCGAAGAGAUUCAAUCGGACAAUAUUUAGCCGAUGAUGCAUGGGAGUUUCAAGAGCUGGAAGAGUCUAUCACCAAAACGUAUCUUUAACUUCUCUGUUUCUCCCUCCUGUAACAUGCUGUUUUCUUUUUUUUGAUAAACAUAUUUAUGUAACAAUUCUUAAGCAUGUUAUGGCCCUUUUUGAAUUUUUUUUAAUUUUCAAUAUUCAUUUCUGAGUUGGUAUGUAAAAUUGAAGGAAGGGGUCUGUAAAAUUCAUUUGUUCAUUAUUUAUAUGUAGAAUAUAUAAUUGAACUUUUAAUAAACCCUUUAAAUCUUGUAAUUACAAAGUAUAAACAUUCACUUGAAAUAUGAUGUGUUUUCUCUUUCUUCCACUGGGCAUUUGACAGUUUUUCCGAUCGUGUUUUUGGUGCACUGUUUUUGAGUAUGGCAAUGUGGAUAAUACAUAUGCUUAACUGCUUAUAGUUGUUUUGCUCACCUAAGAAAGAAUUAGGCUAUUUAAUUUUUUACUAAAUUUGUAAACAUAAUUUAAAAAUCAUUUCGUAAUAAUGGACAAACGGAAAA